AUGAAUCCGACAAUCACGCUCCCGAGAAACAACUCGAACGUCUCGUCCUUUGGUCCAGUCCCCUCGUCGUCACGGCGGAAAGAUGGCCGCAUCCGCAUGCCUCGAUUCUUCAGACGCCUAUUCAAGUUCCCGCAAAUGGAUUUCGAGAUGGCCGUCUGGGAGAUGACGAGUCUGAUCAUCGCUCCCAAGAAGGUCUUCCGCCAGCUCUACUAUCACAAACAAACUCGCAACACAUGGCACAGAGCAGAUCCAUCCUUCACCUACCUGCUCUCCUUCUUUUUGCUCCUGACUGCUCUGUCUUGGGGUCUAGCCUACGCCGACGGCUUCAACAAAACAUUACGCAUCACUCUCGUCUUCAUCUUCGGCCACUUCCUCCUUACCUCGCUACUCGUCUCUACCGCCGCCUACUUCCUCGUCGGAAAACUACUGGGUCCUGGUGUCAAAGGUCUGCCAGGCAGAAACAAAAGAGCUGGAUUGUUUGGUCCACCAGGGAACGAUGUUGCCGAGCAACUCGAGUUCGGAUACUGCUUUGACGUUUCGAUUCGUGCCUUCUUCCCAGUCUGGGUCUGGCUGUACGUUGUCCAGUUUCUACUCAUGCCCGUCAUCUCACGCGACUACUGGGUCUCGCUCUUCUUCGGAAACCUCCUGUACCUGGUCGCGUUUGGCUACUAUUUCGUCGUCACCUUCCUCGGCUACAAUGCCCUUCCCUUCUUACAUCAUACCCAGCUGCUCUUGACCCCUGUCGUCGCCUUUGCCAUUUUCUGGAUUAUCAGCUUGUUUGGUCUGAAUCUGCCAAAACACUUUGCUCCUGUUCUAUGGGCUGGCGCCGAUUUGCGCAAGUCUGUAUGA